AUGAUUGGUUCUCCAAGGCUCACCCAAGCCACAGCAAUUUCAGCAGUCAGCUUUACCGGUGAUCCAGUUCCGUUACAAGGUAAAUUCAAAUGCACCUAUCGUUUAAUUUCGAAACCCUUGUCCGGAAUAUGUAACGUGUCCAGCUACGGCAACAGUAACCUCCUUGGAGCUGAGUGGAUCGAGAAACUAGGUCUCUUUGACCAACCAUUCAACAAGCUUCAGGAUGAACCUGCAGUGCGCAGUUCGCGGUCCGUUAGUUUCCUGAAUGCUUCAGAUGCGUAA